AUGACGAGCAGAACUACUGACCCUUGCACAACCACACAGCUUUGCUCCAAUAGAGGUACUUUCUAUACCAACAGUGCCUACAGCAACAAUCUUAAUGCCGUCCUCUCUUCUAUUCCUUCUAAUUUCACCGCCAACGGUGGUUUUUACAAUGUCACCGCCGGUGAUGAUGCAAUCCAGAGGCUCGAGGCAUUGCAGUUCCAGUUCCACACGUUAAGAGCAGCAACAGAAGAUUUCUCUGAUGCUAAUAAGCUUGGACAAGGUGGAUUUGGUGCAGUUUAUAAGGGCUGCCUUCCAAGUGGUCAAAACAUUGCUGUCAAGCGGUUAUCCGGACACUCUGUGCAAGGAGAAGAACAAUUCAGGAAUGAAAUUCUGUUAGUGGCUAAGUUACGACACAGAAAUCUUGUAAGUCUUCUAGGUUAUUGCUCGGAAGCUGAGGAAAAACUCCUGGUACAUGAGUUUGUAGGAAAUGGGAGCCUGGAUCAUUUCACGUUUGAUCCUGUUAAGCUUACCCAGUUAAGUUGGGAACUGCGUUAUAAAAUCAUAUGUGGCAUUGCUCGAGGACUUCUUUAUCUUCAUGAAGAUUCUCAGCUCAAAGUUAUCCAUCGUGACUUGAAAAUGAGUAACAACUUGAUAGAUGAAGAGAUGAAUCCAAAAAUCUCAGAUUUUGGUAUGGCAAGGCUGCUUUUUGCAGAUCAAAGUCGUGACAAUACUGGUAGACAAAUGGGAACCCUGUAAGCAUGCACUAAAUUCGCCCUAAAUACUAAUCACAUGCUUUUGUACUCAAACAGAGAAAUGAAAGGGGAAAAACUUUGCGAGAGGUGCACCUAACCCACCUACCCACUCAUCAAUCACGUUGUUCAGCUGACUUGCACUGAUAGACCCCUAUUGUAUUGGAAGUAGGCUCCCAUCUUUUUACUGUUGUCAACUAAUCUCUUCAAUGUUCGAUUCUACUCUAUGUUAGAACAUUUCUGUGAAUGCUAUUCUGAUCUAAGUAACAUUUCUGUGAAUGCUAUUCUGAUCUAAGUGGUCUUAUUCUGUGUGCCGUGCUAGGAAGCAUUACUCCUCUUUUCAUUCCAAAUUCAAGAAUACGUCCGAUACGUUUGAUUGUUCUGUGUGCCUCUCUUAUUACUUUUUUGUAUCCGGUCUAAAACUCAAUUGUUUUGGUUUAUAAUGUUUUAUGUAGUUGCUAUAUGGCUCCAGAAUAUGCAUUACACGGGCAUAUUUCAGUGAAAUCAGAUGUCUUCAGUUUCGAUGUAGUAAUUUUAGAGAUAUUGAGUGCUAAGAAGAACAGCUGGUUGGACGGUUCAGCUUAUGUGGUACACCUUCCAAGUUAUAUAUGGAAAAACUGGAGAGAAAGUACAGUUUCGAACAUAAUAGACCCAACACUGGAGGCUAGUUCGAGAAGCGAAAUAAAAAGAUGCAUUCAUAUUGGAUUGUUGUGUGUUCAAGAAAAAGUAGAAGAUAGACCAACCAUGGCUAAAGUUGUUCUAAUGCUCACUAGCCAUUCCUUCACUCUUCCACUGCCUUCACAGCCUGCAUUUUUUAUGUACCAUAGCAGAGAGACAGCACUGCCUUUGGGGACUAAUUCAGGAGGGACUGAGUCAGAGGCAGAGCAAUCUGCACGCACAGAUAGUUAAUCCUUUUCGCUCUUGCACGAUGAAUUCUGAUUAUGAAAUUUCCAUAUAAUCCAUUAAACUUAUUUACCAUGCAACUGUAAAUCAUAAAAACAAUUUUUUUUUUUUUUUUUUUGCCUAUUUUGCCAGUCCAGUAUUAUAAUAACCCUAUAUGUCAAAUCAUCUUUGUAAGAUAAAGUAUCAAAUCAAUCUCCAUCAUAGUCAUAUUCCAUCUUCAUGCCAUAACACCUCAAGCUUCACUUACAAUCUUUUGGUUCAGAAUUUGGUUCCAAAUGUGUAUUGACUUCCUUAG